CGCUUUUAACAACUCUACAUGAACUGUUAGUGGGUCGGUGACGAGGUUAUCAGCGUUUAUUGUAAUUUAGUGUGAAAUAUUCGAAAACUAUUAUGUAAUGGAUCAUUGUUUGAGUGAAAAGAGUCAUUAAAUUAUGUGAAUGUAACUUUAUAACGUUUGUGGGUGAAAACUAUAAAGGCGUAAAAAGUAAACAACUGAUAGUGUCAAGAGUGUUGUUGACCGUGAAACGUAAGAAUCCAUAAUGGUUUCACUAACAUCAAAAUAUAUUUUAUCCACGCUGUGCAAAACGAAUUUGAGAACAUUAUCCACAACGUGCACGAAAAACGCGAAAGUAACUUUCAAUUGGGAGGACCCUUUUAAUUUGGACGCACAAUUAAGUGAGGACGAAAAGGCCGUGAGGGAUACGUUCAAAACCUAUUGUAAUGAAAAGCUUCUGCCGCGAGUGAUCGAAGCGAAUAGAAAUGAAAUUUUUCAUCGAGAAAUUUACAAGGAACUGGGCGAGCUGGGAGCUCUCGGAUGUACCAUUAAGGGAUAUGGCUGUGCCGGCGUCAAUUACGUCAGCUACGGGCUUAUUACACGGGAGUUGGACGGAGUGGAUUCCUCGUACAGGUCCGCAAUGAGCGUCCAGAGCAGUCUCGCAAUGGGAGCCAUUUAUAUGUACGGUUCGGAGGAACAAAAGCAGAAAUAUUUGCCGAGAAUGGCGACAGGUGAACUCGUCGGAUGCUUCGGGCUAACAGAACCAAACUUUGGCAGUGACGCAGGCGGUCUAGUCACAAGAGCGAAACACGAUCCUAAAAACAAGACGUUCAUACUGUCAGGUUCAAAAACAUGGAUCACCAAUUCGCCAAUAGCCGACAUUUUAGUAAUAUGGGCAAAAGACGAAGAAAACAAAAUAAGAGGUUUCAUUAUAGAAAGAUCACAGGUUAAAAAAGGUUUGGAUACACCCAAAAUCAAUGGAAAAUUUUCAUUGCGAGCGUCGGCAACGGGCAUGAUAUUGCUCGACGAAGUGGCCAUACCGGAGGAGAAUUUAUUGCCCAAUGUAGUGGGCCUGAAGGGGCCUUUCGGAUGUCUCAAUAACGCGCGAUACGGGAUCGCUUGGGGCGCUCUCGGUGCCGCUGAAACAUGUUUGCGGAUCGCCCGUCAGUACACAUUAGAUAGGAAACAAUUUGGAAGGCCGCUCGCUUCGAAUCAGCUUGUACAGAAGAAACUUGCCGACAUGUUGACCGAGAUAAGCAUAGGGUACCAAGCUUGCUUACAAGUGGGCCGGUUGAAAGAUCAAGAUAAAGCGGCCCCGGAAAUGAUUUCGCUAAUUAAGAGGAACAGUUGUGGGAAAGCUUUGGAUAUAGCGAGAGUGGCGAGGGAUAUGCUUGGAGGGAAUGGCAUAUCUGACGAGUACCAUGUUAUUCGUCAUGUUAUGAAUUUAGAGGCGGUCAAUACUUAUGAAGGCGCGCACGAUAUUCAUGCUUUAAUAUUAGGCAGAGUUAUUACGGGUAUAGCGGCAUUUUCUUAAUACCACAUAUAAACUAACCUAUAAUAUCAUAUUAUCGUUAUAAUAUUAAUGAAAUAUAUAUUUUUUCAUACGUUA